UAAUAUUGGAGUCAGUUUCAUCAUUGAGGUCUAACAGAUUGGUUUGCAUCUGAGUUCUUUUACUCCUUAGUUACUGCAGCGAGUUAGAUAAGAAAAGACAAAGAAUGGGUACAGUAGGAGGUGAUUCCAUGUUCAUCACGGACAUGAUGAAUGUAGACGCUGAAGAUAAACCGAACAACACUCAAGAACUGUUUAUGCUUGAAGAUUACAACCAGCGUAUCGCUAUUUCAAUAAUCAUGAUCAUCAUCACUAUCGUUGGAAUUGUCGGCAACACUCUGGUCAUCGUAGCCGUCAUCCUAUCCCGAAAACUGCGAUCAUCAACCAAUUGGUUCAUCGUCAACUUGGCCUUGGCCGAUUUCUUAACAUGUCUCAUGUUACCAUUUAAUGCCGUUUCCAUGUUGAGUCGUGUUGGAUGGCCACUUCCCAACUGGAUCUGUGCCACAAGUGCCGCGGUAUUUUACAUCUGUCUUGGUGCCAGCGUCAUGACGUUAGCCCUCAUUGCCUACAAUCGUUGGUAUCUCUUGACGCAACCCAUUGUGAAGUUCAUGAAGCUCUACGAACCACCGAAAGUCUUUGUAAUGUUGCUUGUUGCUUGGAUGUAUCCAUCGCUAUUGGUUCUAGUGCCAUACUUCGCAGGGCUGGGAAUAUUGGGAUACUCUAAGGAGUACAAGACAUGUUCACAAGAUACGUCACUCCCAACCUCAGACAUAUACAGUUUAACUGCAGGAGCGUGUGUGAUCUUUCCAAUCUUUAUCAUCAUCGUUGCCAUCUAUAUUCGAAUCUACAUCUUCGUGUCAAGGCAAUCGUCAGCUAUGGCCAAGACUCGUCGCAAUGAAGACAUUACUUUGGAGAUUAGUUCUUCAAAGAUUUCCUCGACAAAAACAACCAAUACAUCGGAUACACCUGAACAAGUUGGACCAACUGUGGAAACUGUUUCAGAGUGCAAAAUUAAAAGCUCCGAAAAGAGUGCAAAUGACGCAGCACGUGGGAACUUGCCAAAGACAAAACAUCAGCCUAGUGGGUCUGGCAAGGGUUUCAAUCCGAGAGCUUCAAACCCUUCAAUUAGAAAAAGUGAUAGAGGCAAAUCUCAACGGCGCGUUAACAAGUACCAUGUCACCGUCACCAAACGGUUAGCUAUUGUUGUCCUGGCAUUCUUCUUCUGCAUGCUUCCUUUUGGUAUCAAUGUUGUUCUUCCUGACAGCGCCGACAUGGCUGUUCCUUGGACUGCGUUACUCAUGACCGUUAAUAGUUGCAUCAAUCCUCUGAUCUACGCCAGGACAAUGCCAGAGUUUCGUAAGGUGAUGUGGGCCAUCAUCCGGUGUCGCUUUCAAGAAAUUCCGGAGCCACUCGCUUGCAUUCGUCGUCAACGAUUUUAAGAGAGCAUGAUGACAUUGUCAAAAAAGUUGAAUAACACGAAGUAUGCACUCUUGCCUAGAAUUAAAAUAAGUUACUUUACUGCCGAACGAUACAUGAUAUAAACAUUAAAAAACAAUAAUCGGCAACCCAACAAAUAUGACAUAAGGGGAAAAAAAAGAAGCAAGUCACAAAAAAUUAUUUGCUGUAAAGAAAACAAAAUCAGCCCGCAAUUAAUGUGAACUUUUUAACUCAACUCACCCACGCACUAAUCUCAUUAUGGUUUUAGUACUUCUUAGCAGGAAUUAAAGUGAAUAAAACUUAAGUAUAACAGAAUGAAAUUCUAAAGGAAAGUACAAAACACAAACUACAGCUUAAUGCCAAAGAUUUAGUAAUGUUUUAGUAUAUCAAGUAUUGUCAGUAUACGAUUAUACCUUUGUGUGAU